GAAUCGUUGCUUUGUUCGACAGCAUCGUUGCAAUUCGCAAUCAGUUGCAAUCGUGAUUGAUAGCAAAUAUCGUCGCUACUGUAAACAAACUCAUCAGGAUUUAUAAGCAUUUUGCCAAAAAGGUUUGUGAAAUCGUUGAUUCAUCUCGCGACGCGUUUUGUUAAGAAGAGAACGGAAAAACACAGAUGCAAUUGCAAUCGAUCAAACGUCUCUACCACAAAUACGAUUGUUUUCAUCCGGGAAAAUCACGAUACCGCCCUCCAAUGUGUAUUCUCUGUUCGGUUUGUUUAAAAAUGCUUUGAAGAACGGAUAAGACAAUAAUAUGUUGUCGAAUCUGGUAUAUCCACGGAAAUUGUAACUCCAAAAAGUUCAAUUCGUAUCCCCCACUCUUGUAUUAAAUAUAACGAUUGUUCCUUAUAAGUAAUCGUUACCGAGGGCAUAAGCUUCGAGUAUUCUAACAUCGAGAACAAGCAUGAGGUUGCUAUUGCUGGUAACCAUUUUCUUUGGCAGCUAUACCGUAGCUUUUGCGAACUCGGGUCCUACAUGGUAUCUAGGAUUUCGUCCUCGAUUCCCGAAUGGACGUAUAGUUGGGGGUGAAGAUGCUCAAAUUGAGGAUCACCCUUGGCAGGCGUCGCUCGAAGUUUAUGGAUUUGCUUAUUGCGGGGCGUCCAUCAUAUCGAACGAGUGGGUUCUAACCGCUGGACAUUGUACCAGUUAUCCGGCCUCCUCUACGACCGUUCGAGCAGGAACUUGUUUCAAGAAUCGAGGUGGUUCGACUCAUCAAGCUACGCUGACUAUUAGGCACGAGAAUUAUGGUUCAACUUCUAAGGGAAUACCUUACAACGACAUCGCUUUGAUCAAAGUUGCUACCCCUUUCGUGUGGGAUGCGACACGUGCUCCGAUCGAGCUAUUCAAUCAUCGGGAAGAAGCCGUUGAUGGCACGCUGACCAUUAUCACCGGAUGGGGAGCCGUUCACGAAGGUGGCAGCUCAUCCGAAAUGUUGCAAGUCGUUAAAGUGCCCAUUAUAUCGAAGAAAACUUGUAACGAUGCGUACAUGGGCUACGGCGGAUUACCCGAGGGCCAAAUUUGCGCGGCACAUCCACAAGGUGGCUACGACGCUUGCCAAGGUGAUUCGGGUGGACCUUUGACGAUUGGUCGACGGCUCGCCGGUAUUGUCUCUUGGGGCAACGGAUGUGCCAGACCCGGAUAUCCCGGUGUCUACACCGAGGUUGCCUCAUACCGUCAAUGGAUUGCUGAUAAAGCUGAUGUAUGAGGUCGUGCUCGAAAGCUUGCGCGAUUUCCUCUGGAACAGCAUCAUUCGUCGCACUGUGGACUCGGCGGUUGGAAGUUCUAAUGAUAAAGAAAAUUCUUCUCUUAAGAACGUUUCCAACGUUUAAUUAGUCAGAAUUCUGCAGAAUGGUCAAAUAAAAAGAAUGCAGUUAAACUUAAAUUGAUUAUUUUUGUCACUGUCUUAUUUGAACUGCAAUUUACAAUAUUACAAAGACAUUUUGGCACAGGUUACUCGUCAUAUUGAGGCAUUUCUGUCCAACUGACGUGAGCAGUUGAAGUUCUGGUCUGUGUACAGAAGGUUGGAACUCGUAGGGAAUAAAAUAAAAAUAUUUAAAUA